CAACAACAACAACAGCUGCAGCAGCAACAACAUCAUCAUCAUCGUCUCUCUGUGAAUACCACAUAUUCAGAUCCUAACUCUCUUCUUCUAUUUAAAGAGUUCAUAACAUUGGCUCCAAAGACAUCACUAGAUCAAAUUCAUCAAAUUACUUUCCUUAUGCAAUGCCUUGACCAAGAUGUUGAACCUUGUCUUCGUUUAGGUAGCUUGAGACAUACUGGACGUCUGCCGAUGCGUAAAACCUUACAGUCUAUUAUACAUCAUCCUUGCUGUAUUGAACCUGUCGACUUUAAAGAAAAGAAUGAACAACUCGUUCCGAUAGCUGCAGCUCCCUCACCUAAAAGGUCAUCUUGGGAUAGCCAGACUAGUUUAGAAAGUGAGGGCAUUCUAGUAUGUUAUGGUUGUGGUUCAGAAAUCAAAUAUCAUGAGAAUCAAUCCCUAUUUAGGUACCGUCUGGACGAGAUCAAUGAUGAAUACUGUUGGAUUGAUCAAGCUUGUAGAGAUCGUUUAGUGGCUGUUUGUAACUUUUAUAGUUUUGUUCGUCAUAUUCGAUCCGGUUUACGAAAUCAAUCAAGUAUUCAAGAAUUGUUUGAUGAAUGUAUUCAACUAAGAUUAAUCAUGUUUUACGCAAGGGCUGGUGUUCAUUACCCAGACCAUUAAUAAAAGAGAGAUCCCCUUC